CCGUUAAAAGCCAGCAGGAAAAUUUUCGAGAUGCCCCUACCGGUACCAUUUGCUGCCAAGCCAUUUGCUGCUAUGUCAUCUGCUGCCACGUCAUCUUCUGCUACGUCAUCUGCUGGCAGUCCAUUUGCUACCAAGCCAUUUGCUACUAUAUUUGCUGCUACGUCAUCUGCUGCCACGUCAUCUUAUGCCACGCCAUCUGCUGCCAAUCCAUUUGCUACCAAGCCAUUUGCUGCUAUGUCAUCGUCUGCUGCCUCAUCAGCUGCUGUCACGGCAUCUGCUGCCAAGAGGGCGUCUGCUGCCAAGAAGGCGUCUGCUGCCAAGAGGGCAUCUGCUGCCAAGUCGUCCACAACUGCCACAUCUUCUACUGCUUUCCCGGAUGCAGGGGCGGCUCCCUCUUCCGACAAACGAAAGGAUGUUAGUGGUGGACAGUCUGAGUCAACGACGAGGGCAACGGCGACCUCGAUGAAUGCAAAGGCGGGAAAGAAGAAGUCUGGGACGAAAAUCAGGGRGCGGGCGUUGGCUCUUGCAAGUCAGUAUCUCGUCUCAUCCGAAGGUUACGAUCUAUGGAAGAAGAUGAUGAAGGAGGAGAGGGUUGAUGUGAUGGCGGUCCAUUUGGGGUCAGAGCCCAUGCAUGAUCCAUCAAUCAAGAAUAUUUUCGUGCUUUACGACUUCCUUACCGAUUUUGCAACCAUUACAGACCUCCGUACCCUGUCGUUGCCAAAAUCAAGUUCAGUGCUCUGGUACUCGUUCACACGAGCUUUCUCUGUAAGAGCGGACUUGCAUCCGGCAGCACGGUACAAGUUCUCCUGCAUGCUGCGCUCCCAAAAUGAAGAGGAUGCGUGCAUUCCAUUUUGCUUGAUCAGUGAGGGAGACAUCAGGGGCCAUCUCUACGAAUUCGGUUUCUGCGAGGUGGGUGGCAGCGUGAAAUAGGGAAAAUAAACGCAAAAAAAAAAACAUUUCAUGACCAAACAAAUGAAGAAAAAACUG